GCCGAGGCUCGGCUGUCGUCGUCCUCCUCUCCGUGUUGUUGUUCUCGGUGACGCGACGGAGGUGUAGCCUGACGCGGUCUCUUACGUGUCGGUCUGAAUAAAAGUGGAGCUCCGUAGACCCGGGAGUGACGAAGCGAGUCUGUGUUGAAUUUAAAUGACAAUGGAAGCUUGUGCUGAUACACAGCAAAGUGGUGAAACUGGUGUGAAGCAGGAGUCGGAGAUUACCUUGGCCCAGGCCACCAUAGCAGCAGGUCAAGUGUCAUCCAGCGGUCCCACAGUAGCCCUGGUCCAGCUGCCCAACGGCCAGACGGUUCAAGUGCACGGAGUGAUCCAAGCAGCCCAACCCUCGGUCAUCCAACCGCCUCAGGUCCAAGCCGUUCAGAUCUCGACAGUCGGUGAGAGCGAGGACUCCCAGGAGUCUGUCGACAGCGUCACAGAUUGUCAGAAGAGGAGAGAGAUCCUGUCCAGGCGACCAUCAUACAGGAAAAUCCUAAACGACUUAUCAUCUGACGCUCCAGCCGUUCCGUGUAUUGAGGAAGAAAAAUCCGAAGACGACACAGCCCCGGCCAUCACCACAGUUACCAUGCCUACGCCAAUCUACCAGACCAGCACCGGCCAGUACAUCGCCAUCACCCAAGGAGGUGCGAUUCAGUUGGCCAAUAACGGCACAGAUGGCAUUCAGGGCCUGCAAACGCUCACCAUGGCCAACGCUGGCGGGGCGCAACCUGGCGCCACCAUUCUGCAGUACGCCCAGACCAGUGAUGGCCAGCAGAUCUUGUUACCUAGCAACCAGGUGGUUGUACAAGCGGCCUCUGGAGAUGUCCAGGCCUAUCAGAUCCGCACAACGCCGACCAGCGCCAUCACCUCAGGGGUUGUCAUGGCGACCUCGCCUGCAUUGGGCACCGGGACGGGCACCGAGGAAGUCACGCGUAAAAGGGAAGUGCGCCUCAUGAAAAACAGAGAGGCUGCCCGUGAGUGUCGCAGGAAGAAGAAGGAGUAUGUGAAGUGUUUGGAGAACCGAGUGGCUGUGCUGGAGAACCAGAACAAAACCCUCAUUGAGGAACUUAAAGCCCUAAAAGACUUGUACUGCCACAAAUCUGAGUAAAGCACUCGUCGCCCAACAGCCCCCAUGUACAGAGACUCCGCAAAGAGCCAUGCACAUGGAUGCUGGUCUCCCUUUUUCUACUUGUUUUGCUUUCUGUUUUUAAAAAAAACUGAAAGUAAUCAUGUGACCCAUUAGGAAAAAAAAACCAACCUCCCGCUCUUAAGUUAGCAUUCUGUUCCCGUGGCAACUUUAGGGAUUUGUCCUCUAAGGAGCACGUAUCAACACACAUGAUCCAUGUGGUGGCGUGGCCAAAGGGAAGCAUCCUGUCACCGAUUCUGGUUUGAACUUGGAGCUGUGGAUGAAGAUGUCACGGAGCUAACGAGUAAACGGUUACCACCCAACCAAAACCCCCGCCGUCGAGGCGCACGGCACACUUGGAGAUUUCACGUCAUCCAAACUUGGCUUUAACACGAGCUGCGUCACAGGGUGUCGACAAUGCAUUCUGGAACUUUUUAUCUUUAAACUGUGUUUGUGUUCCUCAAAUGCCAUUUCACCUGUUCACUAUCUUUUGCAACAACAAAAUUAUUAACCUUUUAAAUUUGGGUUGCCAUGUUUAACGCAACAGAAAAACACGAGCUAUCUUUUUUAACUGGCGCGGCGUCUCCAACCUUAUUACUGCAGGGCCAUUAUUUUUUGUUUUGUUUUUCUAGUUAUCACCAAUUUAAAAAAAAAAUAAAAAAUUCAGAAAAACCGGAACUGCACACACAUUCGCAAUAAACAAGGUCCUGUCUUGGCCCUAGGAGUGAAGAGAUGGGAAAUAACAUGAGGAAAAUGAACAGCCACAAAGUGGUUAGCGUGUGUGAGAUCCAAGUAUAUUGUGAGGAAUAAAAACUUUUUGUAUGGUGGCUUUUAAUCCAAUCCGUCACUGCUGAUGCCAUUAUUUUUACAAAUAAAAACCAAAAAUAAUGAGCCCUGCUUACAACUUGUUAUGCAAUAGAAGAAAUACACGCUGACAGACCGCCUGUUGUGACGUAUUUCAACUUUUAAGACUUUUUCGCAAAGUUUGUAACGUUCUAAUAAGAUGAGGUGAUUGUGCACUUUUCCUUGCUGAAACAAUCCAGAUACAUUUCACGUUAUUUACGAGCUAAGUCUCAGGCAGCAGCUGAUUAUUACAUGUUUUUGGGAAUGCUUCUGCUUUUUCACAAUUGUGGCAUUUUUGCAAAAAGGAUUGUAAAAGUGCAGCCAAAGCAAGGAGACUUGAUGGGAUGCCAUAUUGUAUUUUUAGGUAUUGUGUAAAGUCAUUAUUUUUAUGUUAUGUGGGCUUUUUAUUCAUUUCCAGUGAGAAAAUGUAUGUCA